UCACAUGCAGAAACAACUGAACAACUGCAUACGUCACCACCAGGAGAUAAAACGAUACAUGGCAGUAUUGGAAGAUAUAAUGAACAUCGGGCUGUGUGGGCUGUUCUUGCUGUUGUUGGCAGCGCUGUGUCUCAUUUCCUUCUCUGCUGUUACGAGUUGGGGAGAUUUCACGGACGUCUCACAGGCCCUGAUUAUGUACUGCGUGUUGAUGGGCAUCGUGUUUGUGUUCUGCUGGCUCGGAAGUCAACUGUCGGAACAGGCUGAGAGUGUGAGAGACGCUGCCUGGGGGUGCGACUGGGUGGGAACCCCUGUCCCAUUUCAGCGCUGUCUGACCUUCAUCAUCGCCGCAGCUAACGAGGAGUUCACGCUCACAGCUGGGAAAUUUGUUCCGGUGUGCAACUCGACUAUGAUGAAUAUGAUGAACCAAACAAUGUCAUUCUUCAUGUUUCUUCUGCAUAUGAAAAACGAACGCGAAGAAGAGAACCAGAAAUAA